AUGACCAGAACAGGUAUACUUUGGACGCUGUCCUGCCUUUUUGCCCUCGUGGCCUCCCAGUCCUCCUGCCCAGAUGAAGAUUCAGGCCUGAAAAAAUGGUCAGAGGAUGCAACAUGGAAUGGACAGGUCCCACAAAAAGGGGAUGACCUAGUCAUCGAGAAUGGAGAUAAACUGCUCUUGGACACCUCCCCUCCGUCUCUGGGCUCUAUAACAAUACAGGCGGGCGGAUUGUUGGUGGUGGCGGACAAGAUGGACAUUAGUUUAAGUGUCAAGUACAUUAAAAUCCAAGGAGAAAUGCACGUGGGCUCAGAAAAUUGUCCCUUCACUGGAAAACUCCACAUAACUCUGCAAGGUAAUCUGGGAGAAUAUGACAUACCAGGUUUUGGCGAGAAGUUCAUUGGUGUAGAAAAUGGCGGAGUACUUGAAAUUCACGGUGAAUACCGCCUACCCUGGACAAAGAUCACAAACACAGUGGACAAAAUCCAGUACAUUUCUAACGUCAGGAAUAUUGAUAUUGCACAAGAAGGUAACGAUACUGACAAUAUAGGCCAAAACAUCCGGGCACUUGUUAUAUACGUCUUCAAUGAACAAACUGGUGUCUUGGAGUCGGCGGCACAACUGGUGAAUACUAAUGGAAAAGUCAGGAAUUUUCCCAAUAACGUCGCAGCAGCUAAACAAAUUCUCGAUGAUAUCCCGGCAGGAAAGAUAGUAGGGUUAGCAUUGAAGAGGAGAUUUAGGGUGGAGAGAGUUGACCCUUCCGGACUGUUUGAUAUGCUAGAGGAGUGGGCCUAUGGAACAGUGGACAAAACCUCUCUACAGUUCAGAGACUACAAGUUCCACGGAGCUUGGGCGCUUAUCAAGAAACAAGGCGACGAUUCAACCACCCAGGAACUUCUGCUGAAUGAUGAUGGAAAAAACAUCCGAAUCGCCGAACUUUACCACGUGGAGAACGACAUUAAAUUUGGAGUGCGUAGCUGGGUCCAUACAAUUAAGAGAGGCAAAUGUUACUCACGGGGAAAGUCUAGCUUAGCUCAAUAUUCCCUCCCCGUUAUCAAUGUUGUAGACGACACAGAAACAUGGCGCACGGGGGAUACAGUAGCUCUGAUGUCUACAGACUUUGACUGGAAACAGACGGAAUUCGGCACAAUAGUGGACUGUCCAUCUUGCACCUCUAACCAAAUUCAAGUUAACAUUGAGCCAGAAUUCACUCAUUUUGGUGAAAUUUACAAGAACGUGGACAUGCGCGGUGAGAUUGCUUUAGUCAACCGAAACAUAUUAAUCGAAGGAGGGCCUGCCGACAAGGAUGAGAAGAUUGGAGGACACGUAAAGUUUUUGAAAGGAUUCAAGACAGUACAGGUAAAGAACGUAGAGCUGAACCGGAUGGGACAACAGACCUCCCUAGGGAAUUAUCCUCUACAUUUUCAUAUGUGCGAGGAUGUAGAUGACAGAACCAAGCCGUCACUUUUAAGCGGAAACAGUAUUCACAAUUCCUUCGCUCGUUGCAUCACAGUUCAUGGCAGUCAUGGCGCUCAGGUUAAAGAUAACUUCUGCUUUAACACCAUUGGUCAUGGAUACUUUUUGGAAGAUGGAGGAGAGAAAAGGACUGUACUAGAUGGUAAUCUAGGAGCCGGACAAAAGAGAGGCAAACUCAUCAAAUCCGACAUGAAUCCAACAACAUUUUGGAUAACAAAUCCGCAGACCUACGUCAGAAACAACGUGGCUGCAGGCGGAGAUGGACACGGAUUCUGGUUUAUCUACCCUGACUCACCCGUAGGUCCCUCAGCAGACCUUGGCUUCAUGGACAAAUUUGAAGCCAUGCACACCGCCAUAUUUGAAUUCGACAACAACGUUGCCCAUUCCAACGGGAAGAGUGGUCUAUUUGUUGAUAAUAUCUUGCAAUCUGACGGUAGCCUGAAAUCAAGUAAUAUGUAUGAACCCUGGAAUGAUCCAAAAGACUCAGAAUCCGGGGCCAAAAUGGUGACAAUUAGAAAACUCACGGCCUAUAAGAACAUGAAAGAAAAUGCCUGGAUAAAUGGAGGAUUAUUUAAAGUCACCGAGUCUUCAUUCUCUGAUAGCGUAAUUGGACUUACUUUCAAAAGAAGUUCUCCACAGAACCAGUACAUUGACAAAAGCGUCUUUAUUGGGGAUUCCCCGAACGCUGGGUCCCCCACAGUGAUAUCCAGCGGAGGAACAUCAAAAACCUACCCCAGAUCUGUCCCAUUAGCGUUUGCAGACCAACCUCGCCAAGGGUUUGUGUUUUAUCAUGGCCCAGUUUUUGUUGAUGACACGUUUUUCGGGGAUUUUGAGGACACGGAUAAUUAUAGAUCUGGUGCUCUUGGUUUCCAACGUGACAACGAUGGUCAUAGUUCACCAAUUAGCGCUGUCAGCGGUAUCAAGUUUGGCUUUUCAGAUCCAUCCGAGGGUAACCGAGUAUUCGAUGGGAACGCUACAGACAACGGCUUCUCUGGACUGGACGGUGAUUUGAUCGGUACCUUUCGGGAUUCUGAUGGAUCUGUGUUUUCUGCCGGAUCACAGAUUGUUAAAGAUCUUCCAUUCCACUCGACCUCAAACUGUUACCAGAGGUCCAACUGGAAAAUGAUGGCGUGUACAAACACCUUCGGACAAGUACGUUUAACGUGGAAUUCUAAAGCUACUGGAGUAGCUAAGGACGUUUCCAUUUAUCGAGACGACCUACCUGAUAACCCAAUUGAGUCAGACGCCAGGAAAAAUGCUCCAUUUAUGGCCAUUUUGGGAGAAGGUUAUGGUUAUUUAGCAAAAUUAAACGGAAACAUGCCGACUUCGGUUGCCUUUAAGGGACUUGGUUUCACUGAAACUAAAACAGCACGGAUCGGACUCUGUGUACCCAGGGAUGCUACAAUAAGUAUAAGAUUUCUAGACCUCAAUUCAGCAUCUGAAGGGAACAAAUGGUCGCAAGGAGUGUCCUUGUCAACAAUUAAUGACCUUGUCUCUAGUACAAAUGCUAAAAAUUACUUCCUUGAUUCAGAUGUUGGGGUUAUAUUUUUCAAUAUGAUGCAUGAAAGGGAAUACGACACCUCAGAUGUGCAGGAUUGCCUUGAUGAUCGAUGCCCCACCGUGGUUGUGAAGAUAACAGGAGGGGAUUCUUCUGAUUCGGACUGUACCUCCCGGGCGUUCGAGAAAUACAAGCGAGAAUCACGUGAUUCUUCCCCCGAGACCGAAAUUACUGCCCUACCAACAAGUGAUCUGUAUCCCCCUACUUCCUGGGGAGCUGGCUCCUCACGUGACUAAAGGAAGAUGCAACCUACCGUUAUAUAUUAUAUUGAAUGCUUUCUUAUGCAAUAAAAAUAGAAUUAAU